GAGACAGAGAGGUAGAGAGACGGAGAGUGGGACAGAUCUGAGCUCAGCUUUGUCUCACAAGCGCAAACGAUUCCCAAACUUUCAACGGGGUUUAUUCGAGUACCGGGAGUGUUUUAAGCUUUUUUUCCUUCGCUGGUUUUCUCGGGUGUCUGAACUGUUUAAUCUGGGACAGUUUGUUCCAGGACUUGACUGUGUGCGGACAUGUGGAGUAUGAAACUAAAAGUGUUUCACGAAUUAACCCGGAGCACGGAACGGAUACGAUGAGAUUUGGAGAUGCAGCACAGCUCGGGAAUGCGCGACGAUAUUACGGAGCGCAACGCAAGUUUCAUGCUCAACAAAAGCGCGAACCACUCAUGGGUUGAUUUCCCGGAGAGAAGCGACUUGGUGAGCGAUGGCUCAGCCGUGCUGCGCAUCCUCAUCUCUACUAUUUACUCGGUGGUGUGCGCGCUUGGUUUGGUCGGCAACCUUCUCGUGCUGCACCUCAUGAAGUCUAAACACGCGUGGAAAAAGUCAUCCAUUAACCUGUUUGUGACCGGGCUGGCGGUGACCGACUUCCAGUUUGUGCUCACGCUGCCGUUCUGGGCAGUGGAGAACGCCCUGGAUUUUACGUGGCCUUUUGGCAGGGCGAUGUGCAAGAUCGUGUCCUAUGUCACAGCUACCAGUAUGUAUGCCAGCGUGUUUUUCCUGACUGCCAUGAGCGUGGCGAGGUACCGCUCCGUGGCAUCGGCGCUGAAGUGUGGACGCAGGCGCAAGCGUCCGUCUGCGCGCUGCAUGAGCGCCGUGAUCUGGGCGGCGGCAGUCGUGGCCGCGUUGCCACAUGCCAUUUUCUCCACCACAGCCACCGUGUCCAACGAGGACCUGUGCUUGGUCAAGUUCCCCGAUCGCAACGGCGACGCGCAGUUCUGGCUAGGCCUCUAUCACCUCCAGAAGGUGCUACUCGGUUUUCUGGUGCCUUUUGGAAUCAUCUCGGUGUGCUACCUGCUGCUGCUGCGCUUCGUAACACACAAGCGUGCCAACGCGUCCGGCGCAAGAAGGCGCUCCAAAGUGACCAAAUCAGUAACCAUCGUGGUGUUGUGCUUCUUCUUGUGCUGGCUGCCCAACCAGGCGUUGACAACUUGGGGCAUCCUGAUUAAGCUGAACGCCGUGCACUUCAGCUACGAGUACUACACCGCGCAGGUUUACGUGUUCCCAGUGACCGUGUGCCUCGCGCACUCCAACAGCUGCCUCAACCCGCUGCUCUACUGCCUCAUGAGGAGAGAGUUCAGGAAGGCGCUCAAGGAGCUCUUCUGGCAGAUCGCAUCGCCCUCCACUACGAAUACGCGACCCUUCACAGCCUGCAGCAAACCAGAGCAUGAGAAACACGUGCGCUCUGUAGUGCCACUCAGCACCCCCGACCCUGGCCUCGUCUUCUACCCACCCGGUGUUGUGAUGUAUAACGGGAGAAAUGACCUUUUGCCGAACAGCACCUAAACUCCACUUAGAAAAACAGCAGCUGAAGUGUUUCUGGAAGAUACUUUAUGCGUUCUUCUUGUUGGUUGACUCAGUAACAGAACCAUUAAGAAGGCAUCCAGAAAAUAUAACGAAAUUGAACAAGCUUACAGAGGCUGCAUGGGGAACAUUUACAGCCAUAAAGUGCAUGUCAAAAGUAUAUGCAAAUUCACACUGGCUCCCAGACAUAUAUUGCCAUAUUUACUGAUAAACAGCAGGGUAAACAAUUUUAUUUAUUUAUUUAUUUAUUUAUGUAUGUAUGUAUGUGUUUGUUUUUGUCUAUCUAUCUAUCUAUCUAUCUAUCUAUCUAUCUAUCUAUCUAUCUAUCUAUCUAUCUAUCUGUCUGUCUGUCUGUCUGUCUGUCUGUCUGUCUGUCUACAGAAAGCUACAAUGUUACCUAUUUUCUUAAUUUAUAGUAUGAAUUAUUUGCUAUUAAAAGCCAAUAAUCAAUCAAUUAAAAUCAAAUGCAUCAAUUUAAAUGAUUGUGUUUAACAGUUUUUAAACAGAUGGUGUUAAAAAUGCAGUAAAUGAAAAAAUACUAACAGCUUUUUUUCACUAUUUAUUAUUCCACAGAGCCUACGGGUAUGUACAGUGUGUUUAUGUGUCAGUUUUUUUGGGUGUAAUCUGUGUGUUCAGCUCAGUUGUGAAUCAAAACACAAUCAACAUCACUGUGUCUACAAGUGAGUAAAUAUCUGUUUUUAAAAAAGAAAAAAAUCACCAAACCACAAAUACUGAAA